CCAGGCACCGUGAGGACUCGGACUUGGAAGAGCUCAUCAUGGCACGAGAUGUGAUCUGUGGGAUCCUCCCUGGUCCGUCGAUCCUGACGUUUGAGACUGCAGUGCGAAAGUUCUUUGUGCCUCUCCUUGUAACGAGGGACAUGAACAAAUUCUGUGAGUUAUCGAUGUUUAGUUUGGUAUACUGAGUUGACGACAUGUAGUUCGGGAACGACCAGAGUUAGGACGGCUGUGCGAGCGCGUGGCGUUUGGUGAGCGAGAUGCUGUGGACGCGCUUGAUGAGGCGCGUCAGGUUUUACGCCAGGUCGUGCAAGAAGCUCCCAAUUCACAACCACAGCCACAAUCGUCUACCCGUCGUCGUCACGCUGAAUCUCCUUCGCACCCUCCACCGGCGUCAUCGCCUUGGUACAACUCUCCACCUGGCUAUCAGUAUCAGCCCCACCUAUUUCCUACCAUCCCCUUUGACCCCGAUCACCCUCCACCAGUGCCCCCUCCUUUCAUCCCACCUGACCCACAAUUCGCAUCCCACUCUCAAACCGGACGAUUUACUUAUUGGGUCUGACCAACGUGAAUCUUUUUGUGUAACGAUAACUUAUAUUAAUAUUAUUAUAGAGUUUCUUGAAAUACUACUGAAGAAAGUCGCACUUCCAUCCACUUGCGAUUCCUGUUAUGGAUUACGCCAAUCCUGUCUCGGGUCCGGCUGUUUGAAGAGCUAGUAGUCGAUUCUAUUUUGAGCCAGGAGCCAUGUUUCAACGUUACUACCACCAUUACCCCUAUGCCUUCGCCUCUCCCUCCAAAUCCAUUCGACCCACCCUCCCAUGAACACGCAGCAUACGAAUCCUGCCUCACCCUCGAAGUCUCUGGUCCUUGGGAGACUUCUGAAUCUGUGGCCAUGUUCAGGUUCAGCCCACAAGUCAUGGCUCGAGUCCUAGGUUACGCACUUAUCCAUCACCCUUCGAGUUCUAUGGCCAUGGGGCGAGAG